AUGACGUGGGCAGCACAAGAAAUCCUGCUUCACCAUUCAAUUGUGUGUGCAGUGAAAUGCUGCUCUGCAGCAAGAAAACUGAAAGGAAUUAGCUUCAACAUUUUUGCUCUUUUUGUUAUCUGGGUGGAAGAAACAAUCAGGAUGGCUUCUACAAAUAAAAUAAAUUCUGCAGUGAGAAUUCAAAAUAUAUUUUGCCCUGAAGGUGAAGUCUGCAAGCACGGAUUCCUCGUCAAAUCACCACCUCACCAACUUUUCAGCUCACAGAAUUCCUGGAAAAGGCGUCUGUUUGUCCUGUCCAAGUCCAACACAGGGAAUUACAUCCUGAAGUAUCUAAAAGGCCAACACAUAAAAGGCUCCAUUGCUGUUGAUCAAAUCAUAAGUAUUCAAGUUGGCAUAAGCAAUGCUGAAAUUAUGGAAAUGGUGAGGAAGAUGUUUAAAUGCCUUCCUGAGCAGGUGAUGUCCAUCAGCACGGGAAACAGAUGUUACUACCUCAUUGGAGAGAGCAGGCAGGAAAUAGACGACUGGGUCACUCUGGUAUCUUCAGUCUGCAGGGAGGACAAAAGUGGAUGCUGCCCUCAGAACCAAGAUCUUCCAAAUGCAGAAGUCAGAAGCCGGACUUCCUCUUUGCCACUAUUCUUGAAUUCCACAGAUAUGGCCAGCCUUCCAGACAGGCCAAGCUACCAGAAGGAGAAUGGUUCCUCAGAAGACAAGAACAGGCCUUAUUCAGAUCCUGGUCCCCAUCAGGCUCAGUGUGGCUCACCAAGAGGAGUUUUUCCAAGCCUGCAGGAGAAAAUUCUGGGAAGCAGUGAGGAAAACCUGCUAUUGUCAGAUCCAGAGGAAAACAUGAAAAAGGAUGAAGAAGAUUAUUACCAAACUCCCAGCAAUAUUUUAGCUAAGUGCACUAGUGAAGUACCAAAGCCUGACCCUACAGCUGAGUCUGAUGUCCCUGUGCAAGAGAAGCCAGUGCAGCAGAGCCCAGUAAAGGAGAACAUUUAUAUGUCAAUGAAAUCGCUUAAGCUGCUGGAUGAGACAUGCCAGCUCACGUGCAGACUUGAUGGGCUCCCAUCCCCUCCCGAAUGCCAGAACAACAGUGCAUGUCCAAGAGACUUGGAAGCAGACAAAGACACAAAAUUCCCAGAAAGCAGCACCAGCCUGCAGCCGACCAUCCAGAGGAGGCAAAACUCAUUACCCCUCUCAGUGGUUCACCUGUCUAUACUGCUCAGUCAAGUUACAGACGAGAUGCAGCUGCAGAAGUUGGAUAUUUUCGUACCCCUGGCUGAUAUCAACAAUUACCUAAAAUUUACUGAAGCAGCAGGACGAAUAUGCAUCUCACAGUGGGCUGGUCCCCGCAGGCUGGGGUGUUUGUUUAACCACGGGGACCACGUGGUGGCUGUGAAUGAUCUGCAGCCCCAGGGUGUGGAGGAGGCUUACUUCUUCAUCAGCAGGUCCAUGAGAAAGGAGGUGAAACUUACUGUAUGUAGGAUUCCACAUUCAGAUACCUUCCAUGCUAAAGGCUGCUCAUGUUCCUGAAAAAAAAAUUACCUCAAUGAUUAAUGCUGUUCAAAGGCCUGUUUGUGCUGAAUUCUGCAUAAAUACAGAGGGAACUCCCAGUUCUGGAACUACAGAGGCUGAAAAUGGAAAACACAUUCCUUGGGAGCACUUCUCCAAAGCUGCUGUGGGAGUCCUUUGCUCUGCACUGCUGCUUUGAGCACAGCAAAUCCAUUUCUGCCCAAGGAGCCCCUGAGGGAUGGGAUGCCUGGCUGUCACCAUCCAGGGCUUCUUCCAGCCCUGAAACUCUGUCAGUCUGCUAGGACAGUCCUCAUGGCCUGAAUCCUAAAAUCACAGAUCACCUACGUCAAGAGCAUCUGAGGAUGUCGUCCUCAGCCUUUCCUGGCCAAAGUUUGCCUCAGCUCUUCUGAACUUUGGAAAAGGAAAGUCCA